AUGUUACAAAAGAUUCACUUUCGAGUCGUGCAUGUAACUAGUCAAGAUGAAGGAUAUCCUGCCAAAGAGCUCAAUCAUCACUCUCCGAAAACCAAGGGUUGGCGAAGCCUAUUCCUGUACAAAAAUUAUCCAAACAAGUUGAAUUUACAAAAUCAAAUUGGUAUCGUGGCCCUAAAUUUCAUUGGUGAAGUGGCUGGACCUUCGUUUGAUGGAGACCUGCCUCGUAACGUUGAAAGGCUUCGGUCUGAUUAUGUUUCCCCCAUUGACGACCUUGCAUUUGAUGUGUACCAAGAUCCACGGUUCGCAGACGUCCUUAGACGUUUACAGUCUCAAAAGUUGGAGUACGCACGAAGAGAGAAUUUCGACCUCGCUAGGCAGGCACGUGAUGCUAUACGCAGACUGCAAGAGGCUGGUGAGCAGAUCUUUCAGUUGGAGCUUGAAAAACAAGAGGCGGCAAAAGCCGAAGAUUACGAGACAGCAAAGGCAAAGAAGGAGCUAAUUACUGAAAUUCGCGAGGAACUGUCAAGAGAAAUAGACCUUAACUUCCUGCUAGGCUCGACUCCUGCAAGUGCCUCUUCAAGGGAUAUUAGGCCGCAAAACGCUGGACCGUUUUUACCUCCUCUAUUGCCGAGCGGUGACAUCGUCUUCCUCCUGACGUUCUGA